UAGAUCAGCGGAGCGCUUGUUUUAGCUCUCCACACGUCCUCCCAAAACGCUUUCACCUCGCUCGACCUCCUAGCUCGCUUGUCCUCUACAUGGACUGCGUCUUUCAAACCUCCCCACCAGCUGUGGCGUCGACAUGGACAGACUCGUUUCAUAGCUGCAGGCUCAGUCGAGCUGUCGGGUUGUUCGUAUGGCCGGAGCUUGCUGCAAGUGUCCAGUCUCUCUAUCCGUGCUUAAGCGCUCACUCUCAGUGGCUCCGCGGGGAAGUGGCUCCGCUCCACCUCGGUCCCUCCUUCUGGGUUGGAGGCUGGGGGAGCGGGGCCUGCAGGAGGCCGCCCGACCCUCCAGUGCCUUCAGACCUGCAGGACUUUACCGACACACUGCUUUUCUCUGUGUUUCCUGCCAGGAAUCCAUGAGCGAAAGCCUGCGGACUUGUUACCUCUAUCUGAACCAGACUAGCCGGAGUUUUGCAGCUGUGAUUCAGGCUCUGGACGGGGAGUUGAGGCACGCUGUUUGUAUUUUCUACCUGGUGCUGAGAGCACUGGAUACAGUCGAAGAUGACAUGAGUAUUCCUCUGGACAAAAAAGUUCCCAUGCUAAAUGAUUUUCACACCUACCUGUACCAGGGUGAGUGGUGCUUCACAGAGAGCCAGGAGAAAGACCGACAGGUUCUGGAGGAUUUCCCCACGAUAUCACUGGAAUUUAGAAACCUUGCUCAGGAAUACAGAGAUGUCAUCUCAGAUAUCUGCCACCGUAUGGGAGUGGGGAUGGCUGAAUUCCUGGAGAAGAAAGUGGGAUCCAUGAAGGAGUGGGACCUGUACUGCCACUACGUAGCAGGUCUGGUUGGCAUCGGCCUGUCUCAGCUGUUUUCUGCGUCCCAGCUGGAGGACCCUGAGGUGGGGCGGGACACUGAGCUGGCAAACUCCAUGGGCCUGUUCCUCCAGAAGACAAAUAUUAUCAGAGACUACCUGGAGGACACAGAAGAAGGACGUGCCUUCUGGCCGCAAGAGGCCUGGAGUCAGUUUGCAGUUCGUCUGGAGGACUUGGCCCAGCCAGAGAAGCUGGAUUCAGCUCUCUCCUGUCUCAACCUACUGGUCACUGAUGCUCUGAGACAUGUCCCAGAUGUCAUUGCUUACCUGUCCCGCCUGCGAAACCAGAGCGUUUUCAAUUUCUGUGCCAUUCCACAGGUGAUGGCGAUAGCGACACUCUCCACAUGCUACAACAACCCCAUGGUGUUCCAGGGAGUGGUGAAGAUCAGAAAGGGACAGGCGGUCACACUCAUGAUGGAAGCCACCAACAUGAAAGCUGUGCAGACCAUCAUUGCUCAGUACAGCCAGGAGAUUCUACAGAAAGUCUCCCUCACUGACCCAUCAAGAGAUAAGACCCUGCACAUCCUGGCUCUGAUCAGAGAGAAGUCUGCCCUCUCCCAGUCCAGUCUCCCCUCCAGGACCCCUCACCUGUCGCCCAUGUACCUGUCUGCUGCUAUGCUGCUCGCCGCCCUUAGCUGGCAGUACCUCAGCACAACAGCUGCACAGGCACAAGGCACCGGGGACAUGCAGGGACAGUAAAAUAAAGAUACAACAACCUUUCCUUGAAAUCUACAGACUCAGUAACCCCUGUAGCUCACUGUGGAGGUCCAUUUCUUCUGGAUGAAUUCCCUCUACACUUCUCCUUCUGUGUUAUGGCCGUCACAGGACCAUGGACAUAGGUAGACUAUGGAGGUCCUGUAGCCGGUCUGUCUCAUUGAGUUGCAUAGUUGUGGUUUCUAGUUGCAUCUGGAUAAUCUAUUGAUUAUAUCUUCACCAGCAUUAAUGGCACAUUGAAACGUUCAGGGUGUGUUGUUGUUUGGUGUUAAUGUAAUUGUGUGAAAUUGUUUUUUUUCCUUUUUUGUUUUAUCUGUCUUGAAAAAUUGACCCCUUGGAUUAAGUGGAUAUAUUUUUUCCAUAAUGAGACAUCUGAAGGCAAAAAAAAAAAAAAAAGUAUUUUCUACAUUGAGUGUGAAGAAAUUUUGAAGAACACAGAACAAGACACUGCCAUCCUUUGGGUAAGAGUAGAUGGGCAGUCACCAAACUGAAUUAGUUUUUGUGGGGAAUUUUAUGUCAUUCAAAUGUGUAUGUCCAAUCUGAGCUUCUUUUUCUACUUCUAUGUUUCUAUGAGAGAAACACUUAAACUGAUAUGCCAGUGCACUUUACCUAACUGCACUGCAUGUAAAAAAAGGGAAGCACACAUUGACAGUAGAGCUUCAUUUCAACACUUCACUGUCUGUGAUUCUCUGUUUCUAUUCUGUGUCCAACAUAAAAAGAAAUUGACAUGGAUUCUUUAAAUGAAUAAGGGAGACAAAUGUAAUUUCUGAUACAUUUGAUAUCCAAGAGAAACUGCUUAUUGAGACUGCUAGCUAAAGUGUCCUUAACCGAGCUUUGGGGAGUAGAAAGGCUAGAACAGAGUAACCUUGUACAGAACCAAAGGAGAGCUAUGAACAUUGCUAUGUAAUGUGAAAUGUUGAUUUGUACAUAUUUAAACAAAUAAAGAGGUUAA